GCAUAUAUUCAAAAUAUCAUUCUUGUAAGAAAUUUGGAGAAAAAUGCAGGAACAAAUUUUAGUGCUGCUAUUUUUGAUUUCAACUGUCUGUUUCUCAGAAAUAAAGUCGGAAAUCGAAGACCGUUUCAAAGAAGAUUUUUACAACAUCUACAAACAUGUCGCUAUCGAUGAAAAGGAAGUUGCCAAUGAACACGUUACCCCGGAUAAGAUAAAAUAUGUUUUAUUUACUAAUAAGAAUCCAGAAAAAUCUAUAGAAGUAGAUUCUUCUGAUCCAAAAGAACUAAAUAAUCCCAACGUUCCCAUUAUUUUCAUUAUUCACGGCUGGAUUGAAAAUCGCGAAAAAGAGUGGUACAAAGACCUGAAAAAUGCAUUUUUAAAUAGGAAACCUGAAUCCUACGUUAUUGAAGUAGAUUGGUCAGAACCAGCUCAUCAAUUGUACUCUGUUUCGUCUUGGAAUACCAAGGAUGUUGGAGCAACAAUUGGAAAAUUUGUUGUUGGUUUACACAAAAAAUAUUCUGUACCCCUAAAGAACUUCUUAAUAGUCGGUCAUUCAUUAGGUGGUCAGGUUUCUGGUUUCAUCGGUAAAAAAGUCAAAGAACUAACUAACGAACAACUACCGCGCAUAAUCGCAUUGGAUCCGGCCGGUCCUGCAUUUACUAAUCGACCAGAAGACGAAAGACUGAAUAAAAACGACGCAAAAGUAGUCCAUGUCAUUCACACUAAUGGUGGUACUUUUGGUUUUAAAGCAUCUUGUGGCACUAUCGACUUUUUCCCAAAUGGUGGCAGUUUACAACCGGGUUGCGCUACAAUUGAUUUAAUGGACAUCAAGAGCGUCGCGGAGCCUGUGGCGUGCAAUCAUCAGAGAAGUUGGAAAUACUUUAUCGAAGCAGUUUUAAAUCCUACGAGUUUUAUGGGUGUCAAAUGUGGUGGAUGGUUGCAGUAUAAAACCAAUUUCUGCGACAAGAAAGAAGUAGCUAUGGGAGAUUUAGAAACUACUGAAACAGGAGAUUUUUAUUUGGAAACAAACAAGGAUAAACCUUUUGGAAAAAAAAGCGGAGUAGAUGAUAAUCCUUAUGUGUUACCUGUUCCGACAAAAAUAUUUUAAUCUGUAAACAUGUAUCGUAUUUACAAGGGCGUAAUAUUAAUGUAAGCAUUUUUGUUGGGGUUUUAUAUUAUGUUUUGGGGCUUUAUUAGUAGAUAUCAUAUUGUAGCGCUUUUAACAAGUUCAAAAUUGGUUUAGUUUAGUUUAGUUUAGUUUAAUCUUCUUUAACAUCGUUUAUAUUACCUAAUAAAUAUCUAAA